GCGCCCGGCCAGAGGGAGCCAUUUCUAAGUGUGCUGUGGUGGCCCUCGAGGCCGUGUGAGGUCGGACAGUUCACAGAACCCCGUUUAGGGCAGUUGUCAUUUUUAGAUCAGUUGCUUUACAAACUUUUUUUGCACAUACAAAACUCGUCUCUGAAUCUCCUUCCAAAAGCAAGCUGUCAUCUUUCUUGCCUCUGAUAUUUAGAGCGACUUAGGUUAAUGCUGCUUGGAUUUACUUUGUGCAUGGUGGGGAGAGGUAGGUGCCAGCACCAUCCCAUCCCGUGCUGGGUUCCUGAGAGAAGCUUUGCCACUUGGCUGGGCUGCUGUUUCGCCUCUCGGGGGGCACGUGGAUGGUCCAGGCUUCCUUGGCGGAGCCGAGUCGUGACCUGCCCAAGGAAGUGGGGGGCACGCUUGUGAGCACAGCAUGGGGGCCGCCCGGGACCCCAGCUUCCCCCAGGUCUCUGGUUCCUCGGAGGGCCCCAGUGCAGGUGUGCCUGGAAGGACUGGGGUUUUGAGAUGGGCACAGGCGUGCUCCAGCAGCCCUGGCGACCUUGACCUUGUGGAAUUAGUCAGCUGCCCCUCCUGGGGUCGCCCCCGGCUACCAUACGCCUCCAUGACAUCACAGGACAUCGCGGGAGGCAUCUUUUUAGUGGAAAGAUCCCCACGCUGAACUCUGCCCUUGGCACCCCGCACGUCAGUGUGGCUCUGGCCAGACGGCCCCGUCCCCCGGACCUUCCUUUUCCGCCCAACUGUGCUGCCAUGGCGGGCAGUGGGCCUGGGGGCCGGGGAGCGGGUCCUUGCUGGGUGGGAGGCCCGGGUGUGUGGGAAUGCGCGCGCGGCUCUGUAAACAUCUGGUGACUCACCGCAUAGCUAUGUCGUGGCCGGCCUGUGCACUGACGUGCUCACGGUGGAGCUGGAAGCGGUGCCCGCGGCCCCUCCCUCUGACAUGGAAAAGUUUCUCAUGGUGCUUCCAGCCGCCGGCAUUUGCAGGUCCCCACGGUGGCAGAGGCAGCUGGGCCCCGGCCUCUCCACUGUCACCCUUGCCCCAGGGCAGGGUGCAGAGGAGCCUGGAACCCACCUAGCCUUCCCCGGGACCGACUGGUGCCAUCCUGUGCUGUCUACAUUAGUGCCCUGAGAGCUGCCGGUCUUGGCAGGGGCAGCGGACCCGGCAGCCUGGCGCAGGACCCUGUCUCACCUGUGCGGCCCUCUGGUUGGGGGGGGGGGGGGGCUGGGGGGGGGACCCCCCUCGGAGGCAGGGCUGGAGGGUGGAGGGAUUUGGGCCGAGGGCUCCCUGGCCCAGGGUGUGGGGAGGGUCCUGGGCCGGCAGGGAGGGCGGAAUGGGGUCACCUGCCCCGUGGUGCCCAUGUCCAGUGGAGGUGCUGACCAAGGACAGCCCCACCGCCGUGUGCUGCUCUGACGUUCCUGCGGGAACCCGUGUCUGGUAUUUGGGGUAUGGGAGUGGGUGCUGUGGACCGGUCCCGUGAGCUUCCCGGAGCCUUCCGCCCGCUCGUCCCAGCCGCGGGGUACAAAUGGGUUUGUUGACUGCCUGCCGGUCUCGUGAUGUCUGCGCAGACUGACCUGAAGUCAGGAUCGCGUUUGGGCUUCUCGGUUUCCAUGACGACCGUGGGGGCUGGCUCGGUCCCAAGGUCGCCAUGGCAACUAUCGGAGGGCUCAUGCCGGGGAUGCUUUGGCUGGGUUUUUCAUGAAUGAUUAGAAUGUGUGACACAAUGCAGACGUGAGGACGGCGGGGGCGGCGGCGGGGACGACUCCCGCCAGACGGUCGAACGCUCGGCAGGGCGGCGGCUCCCCCACCUCCCUGGUCUCUGACUGCGGCCCCCGGACCUGCCGCCCCUCAGGAACCCCACACCCCCUUGGGCUGCAGGGUCCUCACUCGGGGGCAGCUUAGUUGGAGGUGGUGAUGUCACAGCUGCAGCGGCCCGGGCUGUGCUACGAGUUCCAGGGAGCUCUGUCCUGGUGACUGUGCCCAGGUUAUGACGACUAAUCCCAAACCGAACAAGACAUUAAAGGUCAAGAAGGAGGCGGGCGAGAACGCUCCGGUGCUCAGCGAUGAUGAGCUGGUGUCCAUGUCGGUGCGGGAGCUGAACCAGCACCUGCGGGGUCUCACCAAGGAGGAGGUCACCCGCCUGAAGCAGCGUCGGCGCACGCUCAAGAACCGCGGCUACGCGGCCAGCUGCCGCAUCAAGCGGGUGACGCAGAAGGAGGAGCUGGAGCGGCAGCGCGUGGAGCUGCAGCAGGAGGUGGAGAAGCUGGCGCGCGAGAACAGCAGCAUGCGGCUGGAGCUGGACGCCCUGCGCUCCAAGUACGAGGCGCUGCAGACCUUCGCGCGCACCGUGGCCCGGGGACCCGUGGCACCCUCCAAGGUGGCCACCACCAGCGUCAUCACCAUCGUCAAGUCCGCUGAGCUCUCCUCCACCUCCGUGCCCUUCUCGGCCGCAUCCUAGUGCCGGCUGGGGGCGGGGAGCGGCGGGCAAACGGGCGGGGGCGCGCCCCUCGUACCCAUCACUGGGACGCAGACUCUCGACAUCCGAGUCCAAGCGCAGGCCCCUCGGGCGCAGGCAACUCACACCGGGAUGAGACUGUGGUGCAGGGUGAAGAGGGGGCUCCCGUGGGCCCAGAGCUGCACGCCAGUCCACACACACACUCACGCCCGCCCCCUGCUCCCCGCAGGAUGUGUCUGUGUGUGGGAAUUGGCAUCUUGCACCCAUGGGAGUCGGGACAUAUAACGGAAAGGCCCUCAGGAAGUUCCGCCGUCCCCUGCGGGGGCUGCCAGAAGACACGGCCCCGGGAGUCAGGCCCCUGUGGUCAGGUCAGCAUGGGGCUUGUUUUCCACUCCAGCUGGGAGCAGCCUUUGACACCUGUCCUGCUGUGGCCUCCCAGCUGGUGCGGGAGCCCCUCGCUGCCCUGACCGACUCCGCAGACCCCGGGGAGGAGCAUGGAUGGUGCAUCGGCAGCUCCGUCCUUCCAGCUGUCCUGUUGCAGUUGCCGUCACCCGCGUCUGCCUUAGCAGGGGCUUGCGCAAGUGGGCACGGUGUGGGAGGCCGCUUGCGUGGGAUGGUGUCUGUGUGUGUGCACGCGUGUGUGUGCAGGCCCGCCUGCCAUCGCAGCACCAGGGCUGAGGGGGCAGGUGUUCACCGGGGGAGGGCCUGUGGGCAUGCAUGGCUGAGAGAGUGGCUCAUAUGUCACGAGGUCUUCCCUGUGCUCUGGUGACCCGAGGAGGUCGUGCAGCACAGCACAGAAGCCCCACCCACGGGAGCCGGCCCCCGAGACACCGACCCCGCAGGCCAUCCUGGACCUUAGCGGACACGGACAGGAGCAUCCCAUCACUUGAUGGUGAGCAGGAUUCAGGCUCUGUGUCCUGGAGCUGCUUCUCGCCAGCUGUGGUCAGUGCAGGAGGAAUGAGGAGGUCUUUUGGGGGCCUAGAGGGGAAGGGCCGCUGCAGUCUAGGGAGAAGGGGUGCAGCCUGGGGGACGUUGGUAGAUGUGGACGUGGAGGUGGGAGGGAGAGGACGUCGCGUUGGGUGGAGGGAGGAGGCGGGAGCCGUGUGUGAGAGCUGGUGGAAAGGCUUGAGGGGCAGGAUCAGGAUGCGGCUGGCUUAUACAAGAGCUCAGGAGUGAGGCUGGCACUCUGGAGGGUGUGGUGGGCAGGGAGGUGGCAGGCACCAGGCCAGGAGAGCCUCGUGGAGGUGGCUCCCACGUGCACACCCCCAGGAGCACAGCCACAGGCUGCAGGUGUGGCCUUGGCACUCAGUCCUCGCCCAGAGCCUUCGCUUGCUCCUUCCCCAAGCACCGAGGCACUGGUGGGCUUGGCACUCCACCUUGGGCUUCCUUUUCCUGGAGUGCCACCUUAAGGGUCCCUGCUGUGACUGGGGUAUCUGCAGCGGGGGUCGCAGAGCCCCUGCCUGGGGGAGCUGACGGAAUGUGAGCCACUGGCCGGGGCCGCCACCUAGGACACGCAAGGUGGUGCCUGGGGCCCCGGCUCCCUUUCGGCUGCCCCUGCCCACCCAGUAACACCCCCACCGGCUGCAGAGCCCAGGCCGGUGCCAGCCACUCUGGGAGGGCGGAAGACAGACAGCCCCGGGGCGGCGACUUGGUUCUGUGUCUACUGUUAGAAGUGAGUGGGAAGCUGCAGGCCCGCCAGGACCACUGGGUCCCUGUGGAGCAAAGGCCUGCGUGUUCCCAAACAGCCGUUUUCCCCGUGGCCGUGGUAGGUAAUCCAUAUUGGAUGUCAUAAGGACCAGGGGGAUAUUUAAAGAGAGAAACAGAAACUAUAUAGAGAUAUAAAAUUAUAUUCACAGUUUAUCUACAGAUUUUUCGUAACAAUCUUUCUUUUCCAGUUUGAUACUGUAAAUCUAUCAGAGCAGAGCUUGGGGGCACGGGCACAGGUGGGAGUUGGGAGCAAACUGGAGGCCCGGGCUGCCCACCGUCCCCCUCACCACGGACUGCACCAGGCCGCUGGGCCCCCACAGGACAGGCCGCAGCGGGUGGCUGGUUCUGUCCCAUCUUGGGGUUCUUGGUGUCCAUGUCUUGUGGGCCAUGGGCAACAACCUGUCCUAGGCCUGUGGUGCUUUGCUCACCACCGGAGAGGGGACUCCCCGGCCCCCAGGGUGGACGGAGCCGCUGUCACCGCCCAGAGCCGGACCGGGGAAGCACGGCGCAUUCUGCUUUUCCUUUCGGAUCGUUGAAAUUUCAUUGUCAUGAUUUAAUAUAUGGAUUUUUUUAUUUAAGAAAAAGACGAAGGCCUCUUUGCCGCGUGGGUUUGUUUUCUGUCUCUGUGCCUCCGGCUUCCCAAAGAGAUCCAGGUCUUUGCGUUUCCAGGGCGUGGGGACCCCUGACCCCCACGCCCCCACACCGCCUCACCCUGGCCUCUGGGCUACUUGGCGGUUCCAUUUCAAUAUUUAUUUUUGUGCUGCUUUUUAUCAUGAUAUAAAUUAUUGAGAACAGAUCACACGUGGGCCCCGUGUCUGGCCGCCGCCGCCCUGCCCCGUCCCUGCGGCCACCACCUAAUUUAUUGCCGUGCGUCCUGCUGCUGUGACCGCUUUUGUACCUUUGCAAUAAAGAAUUUUCUGGUUUCAGA